AUGGCAGCAAUUCACACUGAGGGCAUAUCCAGCGAGUCAUGGAGACGGCUGCGCAACACCUACAAGUUGGUGAUUACGUAUGGCAAGGCAUAUUCUCUGCGAGGGGACUCGAUCGUGAUUACCAAGGCGAAGCGUCACACGCAUAUCGUGCCUCAACCAAUUGCCGACAAAAACAUACAGCGGCGGCACAAGAUAUGGGAACUUCUCACGUCUCUAUGCAGCCAUUCACCUGAGGGAUAUCAGCGAGUCAUUGAGACGCUGCAGCACUACAAGGUGGCGAGGAAAGCGCGCUAUCGACUAAAGGUGGUCGUGGAGGAGCUGGGUAAGGGGCCUGGCCACGCGGCGUACAAACUCACACUGCUCACCCUCAUCAACUCUCUCAUCGACAACGCCGAGUCGAAGAGAGAACGAAUUCUCAUCCGAAAUGAGUUCAUUGGUCUGCAAUUGCUUCACGCCUUUAGCAGACUAAGAGCGGAUAGUUCCAAUGAUAAGGAACUGCUGGCGCAGCUGCACAUAUUUGAGGAGGAGAAAGCGAAAGAUGACGAAAGUCUCACCGGACCCACUGACGUGGAUCUCAACUCUCACAUGGAAAUUGUGCUCGCCAUAUUGCAUACUGUUUCCAUGACUCCAAACGAAACAGUUUUUCUAAGUCUCCUACAACACCUCCUCACGAUAGACGAGCAGGACGGGAAACGCGACAUCAUAUGGGACCUGGCAGAGAGGCUCACCUACAGGGCGACGCUCAUAGAGAAGGGUACCGACACAGAGAAGCUACUGCGCUCGGGUUAUGUGCAAAUCGACAAACUCAAGGAUAACAAGUGGUGCCGGUGUUCCUGUCAUCUAGAGAGCGACGGCACGCCGCGGCGCCGCUCCGUACUCGAUCUGAGCAACAGAACUCCUGCGUCGACUCCCACUGGGCCGCCUCCGCCGUUCCCUGGCACGUCGCUAGCUGCCUGUACUCCGGUGGCGUCACCACCACCCCCUCCGCCGCCUAACCUGGUACCGCCCAUUCCACCUCCCGAACUUCGACCUCCCCCUCCCCCGCCCCCUGGUGGCACUCCGGGCAGCGCCGUUCUCCGUAGAACAUCAAAAUUCGACACGCCGGACGUUGUGAAAUUACCUCAGCAGAACACGCCGAAACCGAAGAACAAAAUGCGGACGUUCAACUGGGGACGGAUCACGCCAGAGAAGGUAUUAAGCGGGAACAACCUGUGGAGUGUGGUUGGGAAGAACAACAAGAGCGUGAACUUCGACUAUGAUGCGAUGGAGGAAUUGUUCUGUCGAAACGACACGUCUAGGAAUAAAUCAAAACGAAACAAUAGCGGCGAACAGUCGGAUAGAAAGAAACGCCCUGAUUCAGUUGAGGUAUGCUUGUUGGACAACAGGAGGAGCUUAAAUAUCAAUAUCUAUCUCAAGCAAUUUCGUGGCGGACAGGAUGAGCUGCUAACUUUGCUGAAGAGUGGUGACAGUCAGACGAUAGGUGUCGAGAAGCUGAAGGGACUAGUUAAGAUCAUGCCGGAGUCUGACGAGAUUGGGAUGCUACGAUCAUACGACGGUGAUGAGUGUAAGCUUGGAGCAGCCGAGAAAUUUAUCAUGCAACUCAUAAAGAUGCCAAAUUACAAAUUGCGCAUUGAGUGCAUGUUAGUGCGUGAGGAGUUUGACACGAACCUCGAUUACGUAAAACCUGCUAUCGACUCCAUCGCCAUGGCCGCUGAAGAUUUAAAAGAGAGCAAGUGUCUUCCCGACAUUCUCUUCUUAGUUCUCAUUUCUGGGAAUUUCAUGAACUCGGGAGGUUAUGCUGGUAACGCUGCCGGAUUUAAGCUGUCCGCUUUAGUCAAGCUUGCCGACACCAAAUCCAAUAAGCCGAGGAUGAACCUACUGCAUUACGUGGCCAUGCAAGCCGAGAAACAAGAUCCUAAGCUUAUGUUGUUUCCAGCAGAGAUGCGAGGACUUGAUGAUGCAUAUCGGGUGUCCACUGAAAUGCUGACGACUGAGAUCAUGUCGAUGGACAAGAAGUUGCAGAAUUUGACACAGCAGCUAGAGUUGCCGCAGAACCAGGAGUUAGCAGUGAUGAUGGACGAUUUUGUGAAGGACGCAAGAGAAGAGAUUACCGGCUUGCAUGACGAAUUAGUUGAGCUGAGCAGACUAAGGAAAGAGCUCGCGGAUUUCUUCUGCGAAGACGAGAAAUCAUUCAAACUCGAGGAGUGCUUUCAAAUCUUUGAUACGUUUGCAAAGAAAUUCCAAAAGGCCAUCAAAGAAAAUGCAGAGAGGAAAAUUCAAGAAGAAAGAGCGACCGCCAGAGCUAAAGAGCAUGCAUCUAACCAAGGAGGCCCUCACGUGCGCUUGAUGACGGACGUACAGCAGAGCGCCACCAUGCUGCUGAAGAAACCUGGCGACAACGCUGUGCACAUGCGCACGGCGAGCCCGGAGCCGCGGCGGCGCGGCGAAGUCUACAUCACGAAGAAGGAAGAGAACCUUCUCGACUUCCUCGCGCGAAGCGGCGAGCACGACGAGCACGCGCACAACGGUCCGUCUCACGCGUUCAACAGGAACGCGCGGCCGGGAUCGCUGCCCGUGCGCCGGCGCUCCAUGCGUCCGUCGGACUUCGUCACGCAGAGAGAGCGGCCGCACUCGAUCGCUCUGUCGGAGCUCCCGCACUACGGCAGCGACCCUAGCAUCGAACAGGUCCAGGUUAAACCGGAUCCGAACCUGGCCUUCGCGACGCCUAGUCCGAAAUCGCUGAGCGAACGCAUUCGCGACAACAUCUCGAGGUUCGAGAGUAGCCGCGAAAACCACGCGAAGGCGGCCGACGCCGGAAUCACCGAGACGCCCGUCGCGCCUUUUCGACGAACCAAGAGCAUGCGAUCGAAGCUGCCAUGGGGCGAAGCCGCGAGCCACCCGGAGAAGAACGUCUCGCAUCAGCUGCCGGUGACGACAACCGUCACCGUUCCCGACGUCGUCAUAACGAGCAAUGAGUGUCGCACCGAGCGGCGCAGCGGUGCGGAGGAGGCGGCCGCGCGAGCGUGCGAGCAGCUGCGCGACGAGUGGUCGAAACCCAAGGCAGACCUUCAGCGGACGCGAUCACUCGACUCGGCCGAGCCGGUGACAGCGUCCACCGACCCGGUGCGACCGACGAGUCUGUCGCUCUCGGAGGAGAGCCUCGGUACCAUAGACGAGGACUCCGCCGACGUUGGCGGCCGCGUGCGGAUCGGAGGCAGACUAACGUUUACUCGGCCGAGCUAUGGCGGCGGACUGAUGACUAUUCAAGAGGACAGAUCCCCAGCGAGGGACGAGACGAGUUCACUGAGCAGAAGGCAAACGCCGUCAUCCACGACUACCGAGUCAACACUCGCGUCCGCCAAUAACGCGGGCGACGAUUCGAAAUCCGCGUCGCGUCGCAUGAGCAACAAUCUGCCUGCCGACGUCACGGAAAUGGACAGCAGUUCGCCGAAGAGUCAAUCCGACGUCCGCGAAUAUCAGAAGAACGAUAGGAACGCGGAGAUGGGCAAGCAGCAGCAGCAGCAACAGCAGCAACAGCAACAGCAGCAACAGCAACAACAGCAGCAGCAACAACAGCAGCAGCAGCAGAAGCAGCAACAGCAGCAAGAGCAGCAAGAACACAACAACAAUAACCAGCACGUAGAGAAUUCUCACAAACAGCACGAACACAAGGUCGACCUUAGCGACGUUAAGCUGGGACUACCCGCGCCGGGCAGCGCCGAGGACGAGUGGGGCGUCUACAUCGUACCCAGGGCGCGCUUCCGCCGUAGCUACCACUCGUAUUUUGACAGGAACAGCAAGCCGGACACAAAACGCGCCGACGACUUGGAAGACGAGAGCAACAGGAGCAACAAGGGAAAAAGCGGCGGCUACACGUGGCGAUCUAAAUGGAACGCGAAGCUACCCGACUACGAGACGGAAAGCGCCGUCGCGCCUGCGCACACGGAACCGCUGGCUCCGGUAAAAAGCAAUAUUUCCGACGACGCUAACGAUGUUUCGCACGAUACGGCGAAAUCGCCGGGACACGGACUCCCACACGACUUGUCUCAAGACGAGACGAUAGUUCUCUACACCAAGGACAGCUCGGAAGAUGCCGUUGAUAGUUCGCUGAACAAAGAUGGCCGCUACGGUCAGUGCGACGACAACGACCGCGACGAGGGAAUCGAUACGGAGACCAAUAGCGCCACCUCGCAGGGCACCUCCAACUACACCCACGAAUCGGAGCUGCCCGAUUCGCCGAAGCUCGUCGAGAAGCGCGGAGACAUCUCGUCGGAUGUUAUUCGCAAGGAACCGACAAACGCGAGCACCAGCGUAUCGGACACCUCCCUCUGCGAAAUGUCGACAUCUACCCCCGUGAAACCGGCGAGAAAGAAGCGCACGCCUCCCACUUCUACCAGCAAACCGGCCGCAACCGUCGAAGCGGCAAGCGUGACCACGCCAUCCAAACCACAAACGCCGAACCACUCGGGCGCAGCAAAAACGAAGCCAGCUCGCUCGAGCACGACUCCAAAGACGAGCAAACCCGCUCCGGUACACACACCGACCAGAGAUAAGCUCACCAGCACGGCGGCCAAGAAGCGGCUGUCGGCUCCCAUCCAGCUACUCCGAUCCUUCUCGGCUUCGUCCUCGACGCCGGGCGACCAACGCAGAGGCAACCUGGGCUCCAGCUCGAGUCUAGAGAGCAGUGCGUCGGCCCACUCAUCGGCGCAGCGUCCUGCGAGCACACCGACAAAGUGCUCGGCUCCGAAACUCCGCACAACUGAGCGCACAAAGACUACGCGACCGGUCUCUAGUCAGUCGACGAGGCGACCCGCGAGCGUGCACGCCGACGCACCGGUGAUCACGCCGACGCGACAGACGAGACCGCCGACGCGAACGUCCAGAGCUGAGACACCGCGAGCAGAGACACUGCGAGCUGAGACACCGCGAGCUGAGACAUCGCGAGCUGAGAUGCCGCGAGCUGAGACACCGCGAGCUGAGACACCGCGUUCAGAGACGCCGCGCCGGCUGUCGGCGAGCAGUCGAAGCGAUGCGUUCUCGCGAAACUCCGCCGCGAGAGAUUCCUUCAAGGGCGACAGCCGGGCGCUGAAGACAACCGACGCGCCGAAGAUGGCCGUCAUCAGAAGAUCGGCCGCCGUCGUGAAAACAGCGUCGCCCACGGCGACAGCGAGACCGAGAGAGAGCCCCGCGAAAGUCUCCAGCACGCCGGCGAGGAAACCUCGGGUUAGCGCAACGAGGAAGGAGCAGGAGAACGAGGAGCCCCAGGUGUCGCCACUGCGGCGAGGGGCGCCAGAACGUAGGACUAUCUCCGGCUUCAAGCGCAGCGUCCCUAGCGGCAACGUUGCACCGCAAUCGUUCUGGGAGCGAAUGGCGAACAAUAGCGCCAGUAAAGCUCACAGCAGAGCGGUCAGGGAGAGUCCGCAGAAAACCUGGUGUUAGAAUUCAUCAAACACAGAAGUCUGCCGUAGAAAUGAUCUAGGUAUUUAGAUAUCUAAGUAUCUGGGUAUCAAGAUAUCCAGAUAUACAGGUAUCCAGAUAAAUAUUAUACAGGUAUCCAGAUAUCCAGGUAUCAAUGUCUCCAGAUAUACAGGUAUCCAGGUAUUUAUGUCCGUGUAUCCAUGUGUCCAGAUAUCUAGAUAUCCAGAUAUCCAGGCAUCUAUUUAUCUAGAUACCCAUGUAUCCGGGUAUCCAGGUGGUAAAGGUAAGCUAACGCAGUUGCAGACCGUGAAAGACCCUAUAACCCCUGCAAUACGUUAUAAGGUGAGACGAGAUUCACACAGAAGACGGUGUGAGGUAACACCGAGCUUAUUCGACUAUCCGGAGAAUUGGGCCAAGCAGUUAUUUUUCUCAUACAGUGGUUAACAAAAAUGAUCAUCGUAUACAACAAAGUUAUGUAUAAUAAUAUAGACUAAUUAAUUAUUAUUUAACGUGUAUCGUUCUAGUUAGACGCAUCACGUAACCUUAUAUGUUCGUAAACCUGGUAUCGGCUACGACAGAGCUACUGUAUAUGUCUAAAUUGUUCUAUAUGCAUGUGCAAAAUACUAUCGGCAUUGGUUGUCUGUAUGUGUGUAACUGUUAAUAUACUACGUCUACUUACCAGGCUUCUACCAUUGUGUGUCUCUGUUAACUUCACUCCGUGUCGACGAAAUAACGAAGUGUAUAUGCAUGUAUAUAAAUAUAUAUUUGGUGCUGCGCUUGAACGUGAAAAAUUUAACGUCAAGAUUUACAACAGUUAAAUUUAUCCCAAUUGUUAUAUAUACCCUUAGAAUUUUAAGUGGAGUUUUAGUAUUGGUUUUAGUAAUACUGGUAGCGUCCGUCAUAUAGAAUAGGGGGGGGGCGUCCAAUGCGCGUGUUAAGUAUCUGUGGGGGAGGUUUUUUUACUGCCAUUACUUCUUUAUAUAAAAUGAUUUUAUCGUAUUGUGUGAAACGUUUGUGAAACACGAUCGUGGAUGUGGAUGUACAUGUUGUGAAAUCGUGUUUAGUUUGUUGUAUUUGGUCGCUUCCUUCUGCGCAGAUAUAACAUAUAUUUUUAGAAGUAAGUCAAGAUUUAUCCUCAUUUUUGCAUAGGAUGUUCUUGUGAUACCACGUUUCUACAUAUCACUUUAAUGAGUUCGACAGUAGAACGUCUGUAUACUGUAUACUACUACGAAUUUAAACGAAGUUUCCGUAAAGUGCCAUAGUGACGAAUUUUCUAUUUAUUGAUAUAAAGAUGUGUUUCUACCAUUUAAUAAUUGUACACACCCACAUAUUUAUGAGCGUAUCCAUCCGUAUUCCUGUGCUAUAUGAAGCCAUGACACGUGAUAGGUGAUAGGCGACAGCGUGAUAUGUAGUACAUCGUGGUAACUGGCUGUACACAUACAUCGCAACCACGAAAAAGUGGCGGUCGCUAGAAUUGCUAUAGCUCAACAAUCUUCUUCUUUUUCAGCGCCUCAAUUUAAUUUAACGCCACACUACAACUUAUACGAGCGGAUCAUUGUCGUUAGCGGAAUAAGAUUCGGUUAUAAUUACAAUUUACCCGUUUCCCGCAAAUUACGAAAAGCACUUUUGAUAACACCGCGAUUUUUAUAUUUAAGAUAACUUGAUAAUAAUUUAAUAAAAUAAUAACUAAUAUAGA